AUGGCAUCCAAGAACUCUUCCGCGGCCUCGGCCCGUGUGUCAAUUACCGGCGGCUUAACAUUCCCACCUGGUCAUCAAGAGACUAUUGACGGCGCUCAAUCCACAGCGGAUAUGCUCAAAGGUCUCUUGGUUACUAUUCGCCGGGGAGCGGCUCCUGGAAAGGACAACGCAACCCAAGCUGGCUAUAACCCUCAUGAUCGGAACCAAAUUAGCGCCAUCAUGGAGGAAAUAGAUGACACUGCAAAAGAAUGUAGAAUUCUCAAAACAGAUGUCAGAAUUGCUAAACAGGCUGCCCUGUUGCAAGAAGAAAACCUGCAUGUCGGCCUUGACGCAAUCGACCGCCGAGACCGUAAAGAGGCGGUCACGAAUGUUGUUAAGCUCAUCGCAGGUUCCUCAGAUGAUAUCCAAACAUUCUUCAGAGGGUUUGGUAUCAUGGUUGACUCUAGAAUGGAACCUACCAUGAGAAGGUCCCUUGAGGAUUUGUCGGUGCAUCAAAAUGACCGUCUACCCAAGGAGUCCUCUAGUGAAAGCAGGGCUGCUCUUCGAGAAGCACUCAAACAGAAGAAUGAAGAAUUGGAUAAGUUAAAUACAAAAGUCCAAAAGCUUGAUUCUGCGUGGAUGUCAGCCAUGGGAGAGCGUGACAGAUUAAGGACAGAACUUAGUCAAAAAGCUUCAGACUAUAGUCGUGAAAUCCAACGCAAAGGCCAUGAGGCUCGAAAGGCCACCGAGAACCAUGAGAAUUGUGCCGCGUCCCUUGUAAGAUCACAGACCAAGGUCAGUGAACUGGAAACUGAGAUCCUACAAGUUCGUGGAGUAAAUUCAGAGUUGCGUGGUCAAUACUCAAAACUACAGGGCCAAUUUCAGGAGGCUGGAAAAUCUAGACUUACCUCCGAGGCUGAAUUGAGAGACCUGCGCUCCGAGUUACAAACCAGUCGAAGACAUGCCACUGAGAUGGACGGCCUUCGUACUGAAAAGGAACAUGCUGAGAGUAGGGCUGCCUCACUUGAGCGUCAGCUUGGAGAAUCCCAAUCUCACCUUGAUGAAGCGCGCAAGCAACUAGAGGCAGCCCAGCUCGAGCACUCCAAAGACGAUGAAAGAAUCAAGUCUCUGACCGCGGGGGCUAACGUAGCAAAAGCCAGCGCGGAGCAGCAGAGACUGGUCCUUCAUGGAAAGGAUGAAAAGAUCCGAGAGCUUGAGAAAGCUUGUCGAGAAAAGCAAACUUUGAUCACUCAACGUGAUCGGGAUAUAGAGGAACGGUUUCAGAAUACAGCAGUGUUUCUUCGACACUUGUCAGUCGACGUUGAUUCUGAGGCCUGGGAACUCGUUACGCAGAAUGUCCUUGUCGAUUCGACAAGGACUUCUCCUGCUUUGGCCAGAAGGUCGACGGGAAUCUUUUCUUGGUCACCCGACCCCGUCCUAAGGAUACGUCAAGAUUCUCGAGCACCCGAUGCCAUUGCCCUAAGCAUCCUUGCCAUAAUGGAUUCAAAGUCAGCCGACAUUAAGGAUUUGCUAACGUAUCUUGUUGGAUUCCUCAACGCGAUACGGAACAACUCUUUGGCGUCAGCUGUUUCUCAGCUGAUCGUCAGAGCCUUCACGAGCGCAGCCGGCGAUCCGCGCUUGCAUUUCAUGCAUCGCAUUGCCAUGUGCCAGAUUGUGCAUCUCCUGGUCCUGGCUGCGGAGACUUCGCUAUUCAUGCAGUCCCUAGACGCUGAUGAUCCCAGGAUAAGCCGCCUCGUGGAAGCUCUCGAGACCUACGGUCCUGAGUCUGUCUUAGAAAACUCAAUUGUCUUCACGGAUCUGGUUCUCGUCGGCCUUGGCAAAAGCCCUCGAGGUCUUCUUGCUAUCACGAAAACUGGUAGUGAGAUUUGCUGGAUAGAUGAGUCAAGAAUCCGAGCAGGCUUCAAGACCAUCGAAUUAUUGACUGAAGAUAACAGUCCAAUCCAAUUGCCCCUAGAUGAUAGGGACAAGUUUGACUGGUUCGUUACUCACGUGUAA